CAGAAAACAUGGGCAAAGCUUAUAUUGAGCCACCAACAUUUGACCUUACAGGAAGUUAUAAUGAUUCUAACUGCUGUGCUCCAUUGAUUUUUGUGCUUUCUCCUGGUGCUGAUCCUAUGGCAGGCUUGUUGAAAUUUGCUGAAGACCUUGGCAUGGGAGGAGAAAACAUCCAGACCAUAUCACUUGGGCAGGGUCAAGGGCCAAUAGCAGAAAGGAUGAUUAAUCAGGCCAUAAAGGAUGGGACUUGGGUGGUCCUCCAGAACUGCCACCUUGCCACCAGCUGGAUGCCCACUCUCGAGAAGAUCUGUGAGGAGACUAUUGUACCAGAAAAUACCAAUGAGAAGUUCAGACUCUGGUUAACCAGUUACCCUUCAGACAAAUUCCCUGUAAGCAUCCUCCAGAAUGGUAUAAAAAAUGACCAAUGAACCUCCUAAGGGGCUGAGGGCCAAUCUCUUGCGAUCAUACUUGAACAAUCCUAUAUCAGAUCCGGUCUUCUUCAGCAGCUGCCAGAAACCCAG